AUGCGCGCCUUAUCGUUACGGACUGGCUCUGUUUUCGGGAGAGGAGUUCUUGCCACUAUAACCACCAGCCGGUGCUGGGCCUCGACAGAGCCUCCAAAGGAGAAUCAGACGGCAGAGACAGAAAAGGGUGAUGCUAAACAAGCAAAAGAGACCGCUCCACUGACCCAGGAAGUUUUUGCAAAACUGGAAAAGGAACUUGAGAAGGCAAGGGAAGAUAUAUCUGAACUAAAAAGGGAAACCCUCUACCGUGCAGCAGAUGCUGAGAAUGCUCGUCGCAUUGGCCGUGAGGAUGUCGAGAAGGCCAAGGCGUACGGAAUUUCGUCCUUUGGCAAAGACAUGCUAGAAGUUGUGGAUAUUCUUGAAAAAGGUCUUGAGGCAAUGGCAAAUGUUCCAGUCGAGGAACUGGAGAGCAAGAGUCUCAGUUCUAUCCAUACCGGUGUGAAGUUGUCAGAAAAGGUUUUGCUGAACAAUUUGGCGAAAUAUGGAAUCGAAAGAAUGGAUGUCAAGGUAGGUUCCGUCUUCGAUCCAAACCACCAUGAUGCUCUUCUUAAAACUCCACCGACGGCGGAAGCUCCCAGUGGGCAUAUCUCCAAGGUGUUGAAAACCGGAUAUAAGAUCAGAGAGCGUAUUCUUCGGGCACCACAGGUUGGUGUAUCGAGUGAAGACUAG